AAAAACAGUUAAAGUUAAUGCGAUCGCAGCCAAACAACGUCACGUUUCCGAUAUGUGUGAUGUGUUGAUUAAUAAACGUCAAUGUCAUCGUCAAAAAUGAAGUUUUAUACUAUUAAAGAGAAAAUGUUUGCUACGCCUUUGAUAUAUGUCCUUUUACUACUACUAACUGAUAGUGUAUUUUCAAAGAGUGUUGAACUUACUUUCGAAUUACCAGAUAGCGCUGAAGAAUGUUUUUACCAAGACAUAGAAAAGGAUAUCUCAGCUUCCUUGGAAUACCAGGUUAUAACUGGUGGCCAAUAUGAUGUUGAUGUCAAAAUAGAAGGUCCGAAUAAGCAAAUAAUUUAUCAACAACAAAAGAUGCAAUAUGAUUCUCACCAAUUUACAGCCCAAUAUACAGGUGUAUAUAAGGUGUGUUUCAGUAAUGAGUUUAGUACAUUUUCCCAUAAACUUGUAUAUAUGGAACUUAAUGUUGGCCCUGAAUUGCCUCUGCCAGGAGUUGGUGACCAUGCUACUGUCCUUACACAGCUUGAGACAUCAGCAGAAGAAAUCCAUUCAGCUCUAAAUAGAAUUAUUGAUCAUCAAACCCACCAUCGAUUAAGGGAAGCUCAGGGUCGUAAAAGAGCAGAGGACUUAAAUGAAAGAGUAUUUUGGUGGUCCAUUGGAGAAACACUUGCAAUUUUCUGUGUAACAUUUGCACAAGUUAUGAUCUUGAAAAACUUCUUUAGUGAUCGACCAUCACUAUAUAAAUAAUUAUUAGUUUAAUAGGAUAUUUAAUAUAUUUCUUGUGGUAAUUAUGUGUACAAUAGUUUUAUUUUUAAAACCAAUGAACUUGAUUUAAAUAAUAUUAUGUUAUUGUAAUAUGUCACAAACAUACUGCAAUGUUAUUCAUGUUUUGUUAUA